AUGAUUAUUCAGGAAACGAAUGUCGAGAUAGGUGAAAGUGUUCGAGGUGAAGAUGUUUAUAUAAUCCAGAGUGCAUGCGGUGAGAUCAAUGACCACUUAAUGGAGUUGUUGAUCAUGAUUAACGCAUGCAAAAUUGCAUCGUCGUGUCGUGUGGCGGCCGUUAUUCCGUGUUUUCCAUACGCUAGACAAGAUAAGAAGGUGCUUUUUGAUGAAAUUAUCCUUUUGAUGGUUUAUAUUUAUGAGACGGUUCAAGUUAUAUCAUCUAGCAAUAUGUUUUUUUUAAAGCUGCAUCAGUGA